AUUCAUUCCAUUCAAAGAUUUAAAUAUGGCGUUACACUGACACAGAAUAAAAUUUUGUCUGUGAAAAAGUGAGAAGAAAAAAGUGUUUUGUUCGCAUGAAUCAAGAUAUUCGGAUUGAUUAAUUUUUGAUUAUCUGCAAACAAUGCGUUGAUAAUAAUUGCUUGUAAUAAAUCAAUUGUGAUGUGAUUAUAUCGGUUAAUAUAAAAAUUUGUGUGUGUUUGCAGUGUUCUUGUUAGAAAAUCAAUUCUGUGUGUGACAAAAAGUCAUAGGUUUUUUUUUGUGGAGGAGAGAAGUAAAGAAAAUAACGAAAUCUUGGUAGUGUUUUGUGGAAGUUUGCCUAGUGUUAAACGAUCAGCUCACAAUGGCAACGGAUAAAAUCAAAGUGGCUGUCCGGGUUCGUCCAUUCAAUCGACGAGAACUCGAGCUGAGUACACAAUGCAUCGUCGAAAUGGAAGGUCAACAAACGAUACUACGAAAUCCAUUAUCAAUGGACAAAAUCACCGAUCGAAAACAACCAAAAUCAUUUGCCUUCGACCAUUGCUUCUAUUCGAUCGAUCCGGCUGCACAGCAUUUUGCUUCACAAGAGCAAGUAUUCGAUUCAGUUGGCAGGGACAUUUUACAGAAUGCAUUCCAGGGAUAUAAUGCAUGCAUAUUUGCAUAUGGUCAAACAGGAUCUGGAAAGUCAUAUACAAUGAUGGGUACACAGGACAACAAAGGAAUUAUACCUAGACUUUGUGAUCUACUAUUUUACUCAAUUGCACAAAAACAGACCCCCGAUCUAUCGUACAAAGUCGAAGUGUCGUACAUGGAAAUUUACAAUGAAAAAGUUCACGAUCUACUCGACCCGAAACCAAAUAAACAAUCGCUAAAAGUACGGGAGCACAAUGUACUCGGACCAUAUGUGGACGGUCUGUCACAAUUGGCUGUAUCGUCGUUUCAAGAUAUUGACAAUCUUAUGACGGAGGGAAACAAAUCAAGAACAGUGGCUGCUACAAAUAUGAACGCAGAAUCGUCUCGAUCGCAUGCUGUUUUCUCCGUUGUCCUAACGCAAACAAUAACUGAUCAACUGUCUGGCGUUACGGGUGAAAAAGCGUCAAGAAUGUCUUUGGUAGAUUUAGCUGGUAGUGAACGAGCUGUUAAAACCGGAGCUGUCGGUGAUCGACUGAAAGAAGGAUCAAAUAUUAACAAGUCACUGACGACAUUAGGAUUGGUCAUUUCCAAACUGGCCGAUCAAUCUAGUGGUAAAAAUCGGAACGAUAAAUUCGUACCAUAUCGAGACUCGGUCUUAACAUGGUUGUUGAAAGACAAUCUAGGUGGAAACUCGAAGACUGUCAUGGUAGCUACAAUUUCACCAGCCGAAGACAAUUUCGAAGAGACUCUGUCGACGUUACGAUAUGCCGAUCGUGCGAAACGAAUUGUUAACCACGCUGUUGUCAAUGAAGAUCCGAAUGCACGUAUUAUUCGUGAACUCAGAAUGGAAGUGGAAGCUCUCCGAGAAAUGUUGAAACAUGCGACGGUCAGUGUCAACGGUUCACCCGUUGGCGAUACACAACGAGUCGAUAUCCACGACAAAUUGACUGAAAGUGAAAAUUUGAUGAAGCAAAUUUCGCAAACUUGGGAAGAGAAGCUAGUUAAAACAGAACGCAUUCAGAAUGAAAGGCAGCAAGCGCUAGAAAAGAUGGGAAUAAGUGUGCAGGCCAGUGGUAUCAAAGUGGAAAAGAACAAAUAUUAUUUAGUAAAUUUAAACGCUGAUCCGUCCUUAAACGAACUCCUUGUCUAUUAUCUGAAGGAACGUACUUUGGUUGGUGGUCGAAGUGUAAUGAGUCAACAGCUUGAUAUUCAGUUGUCUGGUUUGGGUAUUCAAGACGAACAUUGUGUGAUUACGAUUGAGGAUGGCGGUCUGUUCAUGGAGUCAAUUAAUAAUGCCCGGUGCUUUAUCAAUGGUUCGGCGGCCACAGCAAAGACUCCUCUGCACCAUGGUGACCGAAUAUUGUGGGGAAAUCACCAUUUUUUUAGAGUCAAUUGUCCAAAGAGUGCCACAACUGGGGUACAUUUAACAUCCGAACCACAAACGCCCGCUCAACCGUUAGAUUACGAAUUUGCAAAGGAAGAGCUGAUGCAGAACGAAAUGAUUAACGAUCCGAUUCAGUCGGCUAUUGAAAGAUUGGAGAAACAGCACGAAGAAGACAAACAAGUUGCACUGGAGAAGCAAAGACAAGAAUAUGAGAGACAGUUCCAACAAUUACGAAAUAUUUUAUCACCGACUACUCCAUACGCACCAUAUGCUCCAUACGAUCCGCUGCGAUUGGGUAAAAUUACACCAAACACUCCGACAUCUCAGAUGAGGGUGGAAAAAUGGGCACAGGAACGCGACGAAAUGUUCAAACGGUCGUUGGGUCAACUGAAAGCCGAUAUUAUGCGAGCAAAUGGAUCCGUUCAGGAGGCAAAUUUUUUGGCCGAAGAAAUGGAGAAACAAACAAAGUUCAGUGUUACGUUGCAAAUUCCACCAGCGAAUUUGAGUCCGAAUCGAAGGCGGGGUGCCUUCGUCAGUGAACCAGCCAUAUUGGUGCGUCGUGUGAACUCGGGUAGUCAAGUUUGGACAAUGGAAAAAUUGGAAAACAAACUCAUUGAUAUGAGAGAAAUGUACCAAGAGUACAAAGAGCGUAUAAUGGCUGGUUUGCCAAUCAUGGAUCUGUCAAUUGACGAUGACGAUGAUGAGGAUGACGGCAAAGUAAAGGCUCUCGAUCCAUUUUACGAGUCACAAGAAAAUCACAAUUUGAUUGGUGUCGCAAACAUAUUCCUCGAAGUGUUGUUCCACGAUGUGAAACUCGACUAUCAUACGCCGAUUAUUAGUCAACAAGGCGAGGUCGCUGGUCGUUUGCAAGUGGAAAUAUCAAAGAUUGCUGGUCAAUUACCACAAGAUCGAAUGUGUGAAGCAGCUUCGGACAGUUCAACAGACAGUCGCGAUGAUGAAUACAACAAUGACAACAUGAAUAGCCAAAUUACUUGCCGCGUCAGCAUAAAAGUAGCCAGUGGAUUGCCGUUAUCGCUGUCAAAUUUCGUGUUUUGUCAGUACACGUUCUGGGGUCAUCAGGAAACAGUCGUACCGGUCAUCAAUUCAGAAUUGCCAAGUCACAAUCAAAAUAUGACAUUCAAUUUCGAGCACACACAAGACUACACUGUGUCCGUAAACGAAGAGUUUCUAGAGCAUUGUGCCGAAGGUGCUUUGUCAAUUGAAGUGUGGGGCCAUCGUUCAGCUGGAUUUUCUCGCUCCAAGGGAUGGGAAGUAGAACAACAGCAAGCUAAAGCAAGAUCCCUAGUAGAUCGAUGGGCAGAAUUAUCACGGAAAAUCGAACUUUGGGUGGAAAUACAUGAACUCAAUGACAAUGGAGACUAUUCACCGGUUGAAGUGACUAAUCGAACAGAAGUAUUGACUGGUGGGGUUUACCAAUUGCGACAAGGCCAACAAAGACGCAUUCAGGUCCGUGUCAAACCAGUUCAGAACUCGGGAACUCUGCCGAUAAUUUGCCAGUCAAUCAUAAGCAUUGCUGUUGGCAGUGUAACGGUACGUUCAAGACUGCAGAAACCAAUGGACUCGUACCAAGAGGAAGACUUGACCGUGCUGAGAGAAAAAUGGAGUGAAGCACUGGGACGUCGGAGAAAAUAUUUGGAUCAACAAAUCCAAAAACUGAUCAACAAAGAGGACAAAACCGAGGAAGAACGCGAACGAGAAUUAAGUUUAGUGCAUCAGUGGGUUUCGUUGACGGAAGAAAGAAACGCAGUUCUUGUACCAGCACCUCGAUCUGGUAUUCCAGGCGCACCAGCAUCUUGGGAUCCUCCGCCCGGCAUGGAACCACACGUACCUGUUUUAUUUUUAGACUUAAAUGCUGACGACUUAUCUGCACAAAAUUCCAGUGAAGAAGUUUCAAUAGCUGGAAUUAACUCAAUACUUCCGAAAGAGCACGGAAACAAGUUUUAUACGCUACAGAUUUUGCAACAUUUGGACAAAGAUGUUUGUGCCAUAUCCAGUUGGGAUUCAUCGAUACAUGAUAGUCAAGCACUCAAUCGCAUAACUGAAGCCAACGAGCGCGUCUAUUUAAUUCUGAAAACAACCGUUCGACUGUCCCAUCCGGCACCAAUGGAUUUGGUGCUCCGGAAACGAGUGGGACUUAACAUAUACAAGCGCCAAAGCAUUGCCGAACGUCUGAAGAAAUCGAAGUGGCUUGGACGUGGAGAAAAUGUCAUCACCCAGUCUGGCGUCACAUACGAAGUUGUCUCAAACAUUCCGAAGGCAUCGGAAGAGCUAGAGGACCGUGAAUCGCUAGCCCAAUUGGCUGCUAGUGGUGACGAUUGUUCGGCCAGUGACGGUGAAACGUAUAUUGAAAAAUACACGCGCGGUGUGUCCGCUGUGGAAAGUAUUCUGACUCUGGAUCGAUUAAGGCAAAGUGUGGCAAUUAAAGAACUGGAACAAACUCAUGGACAACCUUUGUCAAUGAGAAAGACCGUUAGCGUGCCGAACUUCUCACAGGCUGUUAGAGAUACUGCAAACAUUGGAGGUUUAAUGCGAUUUGAUGCAUCCAUGGAAUCGCUCAUAAACAUUGGUCGAUCGGAGUCAUUUGCUGAUCUGAAUAAUACCGAAUUUGGUAUGACAAAAUCAAUAUCAUUCAUGGGACAGCCGACUCAUCGUGAUCUGUUUUCGAGUGCACAUAAUUCACAAACUCGAGAUUUUACUGGUCGAACCAGGCACAGUUUCGGUGGCAAGGGAUCGAAUGAUGACGCUCUGGGCAGUGCCAAGCAAUUCGGUAUCGGCUCUAUAUUGUCAGCACGUCCUACUUUUUUGAAUCUCAAUUUGAAUUUGAAUUCACUGAGAUCACAACAACCGACGACAAAACCUUCACCAGCCGGUAGCAAAUUAGGUCUUCGUAUGACAACUUUACACGAAGAACCGAUGGCACAGCGAACUCUUGUUGAAGAACCAGAAGACAGUUACAGUGAUCCUGACUAUCCUGAAUAUGAAACGCACGAAGAGAAAACAAUACACAAAUCAAAAUUUAAAUCACGAAUGUCCUCGUCGAAAACCAUGGGCUCGUUAACGGAAAUUGGUAGUUCACACACGAGCAUGUUGGCGUACACAUCUAAUGCUAAUACCGCAUUGAAACAUGUUGUCGGCACUCCUAGCAUGACAUCAUCUGCAUCGAGUGGUUAUGGGUCACAGGCUGUUUCGUGCAGCAAUCUAACUAACGAUGACACAUUAUCGUUGCGAUCAAUCAGCGUUGACGAAACUCCAGACUUUGAUCGGUCGUCGUCUGGCUCGCCACCAAAUAAGAUCUCAGCUAAGGACCAAUCGGAAAAAGUGAAAGUUGAACUCACAAAUACAACGCCCUACACACCCGGCAGUCAACAAAAGAGAUUUAAUCCAUUCCUGAAAGACAUUCCUAACAUGGAAAAUAGUGUGGACGAGAGGCUGCCAGUGUCAUUACAUUCAACCAAAAAACCAUUGACUCCCACCAAAGAACAUCCGUUACAAGAUCUGGGAGAUGAAGAUAAAACGACCACAUCUGAAGACGACGAUGCUUUCUGCGAUGUCAAACCGAAGCUGAAAGUUCAAAAUGAUGAAAACAAGAAUGUGAUAAUCCAAGUCAAAGAAGACGACGACAAUCGGAACACAACAUUGGGCUCCGAUGAGUUUAACUCAAAUGAAUCGAACGAUGCUGAACAGCAGCUCGAUGACGAGACUAAUGUAAGAUCUCAACAGCCGUCGAGCAAAGUGGUGCGACGUAAGAAGACCUCCUCCACUGCAAACGCAAAGAACGCAAAUCAGCGAGCAUCAUUUCCAAUGGGCAAAUCGAAUUUGGAUAAAUCGAUAGAACGGUUGGAAGUGCAAAUGGGAAAUUUAGGCGGUGACACCGACUCGUCGGAACGGUUGGAAGCGCAUAAUGAUUCACCCGUACCUGAAUGGGUGAUUGUCGGGGAAUCUGUGUUGAUACGACCGUCAAACCUAAGUGGAGUUAUUAGCUUUAUUGGAGCCACCCAUUUUCAGGGCGGCGUAUGGGCUGGUGUUGAAUUGGAUACACCGACUGGUAAAAAUGAUGGCACAGUGCAGGGUAUACAAUAUUUUGUAUGCAAACCAAAGCAUGGCAUUUUUGUUAGAGUAGAUAAAUUAAUCCAAGAUAAACGAGGUAGAGCAAUGCGGGCAUACAAAGCUGAGAAAAUGGCCAAAGAAAGCAAUAUGAUUCGUUCAAAAAGUCGCGGUGACUCAAUCAACACCAUCGGUACAUCGCGCAAGUGAUUGUUUCCUAAAUGUUCGCAUCAACUGAAACGGAAACAACCAAAUAACGGUGCGAACAUUUCUAUUGUUAAGCAUGAACAAAAGUGGAAAUAUUAACCUGUUAGAAACGGCUAAUUAAUCAUCUGCUAUCGACAAUGAAGGAAGUGAUGAGCUCUUGUCUUGUCAUAAAUAGCAGAAUGUUAAAACGAACGAAGUAAUAGAUUUUGGAUAUCAAAACACUUCGAUUAUAUUUUGUGGUACGCUUGCCGUUUCUGACCGGUUAACAAAAUGAAAAUUUAGUAAAUUAAAUGAUGAAAAUGUGCAAAUUAAAAGUUAAAUUAAGCAAGAAAAUGAAUGCAAUAAUAAAAAGGACGAAGAUUAAAAUGAGGAGAAUUAUAAUAAUGUAGAAUCGUAGAAAAUGCAAUUUUAAUUCAACGACAAAUUUGUAAUUGAAAGCAUAUCGUGUCGUGGUAAAAAUAAUUUUAAAAAAUUGAGAAAAAUUCAACUAAAGUCAAACUCAAAUGCAUAAGAGAAUCUUAAAGAUUUCCCCAAAUAAAACAGAAAAGACAACCGUCUACAUCGAAACGAAUAAUAUCUUUUGGUUUGAUUUUUGGUUUUCUUCUUGUAAUAUCAAAAUGAUUUAACGCUUUUCUUUAUCGAUUUAAUGUUAAAAUGAAGCAAAAAUGUAUCAUUCAAAA